CAAUUUCCACUAUAAAACAAGGGAAAACUCAUUGGCGGCAACAUCGUGUAACAUGUUGUGCUCGAGAACGCGUCAAAUGAAUAAUUUUAUUAAGGGACAGGCAGUGAAUGUGCAUCCAAUUAAUGUUUGUUUCAUUUCGAUAAGGUGCGGUGAGAUUUAUGACUUAGCAUAAAGCGAUCAUUAUGGAAGUUCUUAUGAUACAAUCGAGAGAACACUUCAGGCAGGCGGUUGUAAACAAGACGAAGGACACGAUCUUGAACGUGACAAAGAGACAGAAAGUUCCAGGUGUCGUUAUCAAUACGAACAGAACGUCAGGUAGGAUUGGAAAUAACUACGGUGGAUAUUAUCAAAACAGAAGCAACGAAACGGAGCUGGCUAUGUGGAAUAACACCACGUCGACGGCAAUAAUGAACGUCACCGAGCCUUCCUCCGACUUUUUGGAGUACGACUUCAGGAUGUUGAAUGCUACAGUUGCAAGUGGUGUCGCGGGCGACGAAUCCUGGCAGUGCAAAGAAUGGACUCCAGCACAACACAACCUCUUCCAAACUGCCAAUUUUUUCUUUGCUGCAGCAUUUCUUGUACCUAGUAGCUUCAAGCAAAGUAUACUUUUAGUUCGAGCACUGCUCGCCGUGGGAUAUGUCUUCACCACGUGUUGGGCUGGUCUCGAAGUCUGUGCCUUUGACAUACUUUUGUGGAACUCCGUACUGGUCAUCUUAAAUUUUGUUCACGCAGCUUUAUUGACUUGGAAAUUUUUGCCACCUACGCUGACCUUGGACCUUACCGAAUUAUAUUUAAAGAUGUUUAAGCCGUUAAAGGUGAGUAAAAAGCAUUUCAAGGAGUUGGUUAAAGAAGCGCGGGUCAUGACCCUUGAUAAAGGUGACAUUUAUGCUGUAGAAGAUGCCAGUCCUGCCGAUGAGAGACUUUCAAUUCUUCUUAAAGGGCGGUUGCGAGUUACGUGUAACGACACCCAUCUGCAUUACAUAAACAUCCACCAAUUCGUCGAUUCACCCGAAUGGGAAGCGAAUCAUGAACAAUCGGAUGACGUUUUUCAAGUUACCAUUACUGCCGAAGAGGACAGCGUCUACGUGUGCUGGUCCAGAAUGAAACUAGAGCGGUUUUUACGUCACAGGCCCAUGCUUAAAACGGUUUUGGACUGCAUAAUCGGGAAGGACAUUACCCAGAAACUGUACUCUCUUAAUGAGCACUUAAGUGGAUUGAGUGCGGAACGAAAAAGGGGAAAACAACACGAACUUUGGGCCCGCACACAUAAUCGGAGUAUGUCCGUCGAUGCAGUUAAUACCGGGAUUACCGGACUAGUGAGGUCAACGUCAUAUCGAUCAGAACAACAACGACAACAAUCAUUUACGUCAACCGAAACUAUCUCGCAAGCGAAAGUAAUCCCAGGUUGGGUACCGUUCGUGGCGAAUCAAUUUCCGACUCAUUCGCCUUUCAUUCACCAUUCCACUGUCAACGACAACGAUUCAGCCGUAAGUUUGUUACGCCACGAAUCGCAAACUCCUCCGCACAGAUCCAGAUCGCUGCGGAGAACUCGUGAAGUCAAGUUUCGAAACUGAGAACCACCGACAUCGAGUCAUGCAAUGAGCGGAACACUAUUUCCUGAUAGAGGAUCUGAUUAUUUUUUCUGGUGCUAAACGAUUUUGUGAACCGUUUCCCUUGUUUUCUUUUUUCAUCGACACUAGCAGUUCAUAGUUUGAUAAAAUGGAAAAAUUAUAUAGAUACAUAGGUAACUAAAAAGGUGAAAAUGCAGAAGUAGAAAGUUUUAACAUUCUCUUUAUAUAAUAAUUUGAUACAAAUAGGGUGCAUAUUAGCAGAGUGAACAGUAGUAAGUACGUAUUGGUCAAAAAUUCGGUUAUAUGUUGCAUCCUUUUUUAUUUAAUAACUGUGAUAGUAAACAUCAAUUUCUUCAAUUAACCUAUACUUUAUUUACUUUCUCUAGCGAUGUUCCCCUUCCAAUGUCUUUGAGCCGCUCUGGCAAAAUCGAAGGUAGGGAGAAAAAAGCUCAUUAUGCUCUCGACUCUUGUUCAUUAAACUUACUUUUUCAUACAGUACA